CCUGCGCGCCCCUCCGCGCGGCCCUCGCGGGGAGUGAGGCUCGGGUGCGCCGGCUGGGCCGCCCGGAGGUGGCGGGCGGGGGCGCGGGGCGAGGGCCGCGCUCCGGGAGGCGCCUGGGCCCGCCCUCCUCCGGGGCGCCGCGGGAGGGGCCCGGGCCGGCGCGGGGCGGAGAGAGCCUCCUGGCCCCUCCCCUCCGCCGCCCUCCCCAAAGUUGCCGUCUCCCCCGGGGCCGGCCGGUCUUAUGAUCCGGCGGAUCCUCCUGGGGAGACCGGGCCGGGGAGAGGGCGCGGGCGCCGAGUGGCGGGGGCAGCGGGCGGGCGCGGCGACAGGGGCCGGGGCGGGGAUCCGGGCGGCGACCGCGGCGGCGGCAGCGCCCCGGGCCCGCCGCCGCCUCCCCUCCGGCAAGGGGAGCCGCUGCAUGGGGCCGGGGGGGCGGCCCUGCGGCGCCGAGCGGCGGCGACGGCGGCGGACCCCCCAGGCGGGCUGGGGCUGAGCCCGGGGCCGGGGUGGGGGCUCCGGGGGGAUCAUGCCCGGAGGGCGGCCGGCCGCAGCAUGGCUCACGGGCCCGGCGCGCUGAUGCUCAAGUGCGUGGUGGUCGGCGACGGGGCGGUGGGCAAGACGUGCCUACUCAUGAGCUAUGCCAACGACGCCUUCCCGGAGGAGUACGUGCCCACCGUCUUCGACCACUACGCAGUCAGCGUCACCGUGGGGGGCAAGCAGUACCUCCUAGGACUCUAUGACACGGCCGGACAGGAAGACUAUGACCGUCUGAGGCCUUUAUCUUACCCAAUGACCGAUGUCUUCCUUAUAUGCUUCUCGGUGGUAAAUCCAGCCUCAUUUCAAAAUGUGAAAGAGGAGUGGGUACCGGAACUUAAGGAAUACGCACCAAAUGUACCCUUUUUAUUAAUAGGAACUCAGAUUGAUCUCCGAGAUGACCCCAAAACUUUAGCAAGACUGAAUGAUAUGAAAGAAAAACCUAUAUGUGUGGAACAAGGACAGAAACUAGCAAAAGAGAUAGGAGCAUGCUGCUAUGUGGAAUGUUCAGCUUUAACCCAGAAGGGAUUGAAGACUGUUUUUGAUGAGGCUAUCAUAGCCAUUUUAACUCCAAAGAAACACACUGUAAAAAAAAGAAUAGGAUCAAGAUGUAUAAACUGUUGUUUAAUUACGUGAGAAACAUCUUCAGUGGCCAAGGAAAUUGUCCAUUUCUCUCAGAAAGCAAAUGAAAUGCUACAGCUAUACCCAGACCUUUUAUAGGUAAUGAAGCAGUUCAAAACUUGAAAGAAAACAAAACCUGUCCUCAGAAUUCUAUAAAGGUUAUUAAGAAUGUUCCUUAAAGGUUUAAGAAGCAGUAAGCAGCAUCUGAAGCCACAAUCUAUUAUAAAUACUUUAUUUCAACUAGAAGGUACAAUCUCUCAGGGGUUUCAUAGUUUAAAAAGCUACAAUCACAUCAUGUUGUAACUACAUAAAAAACAGUGCUGUAAAUGGAACUGCUUGGCUUUGACCAUACACAUUUCUGCACAGCCCUUACAGAAUCUGCACAAAGAAGUAUCUCCCUUUGCUCCAGUUAAUUGUUCUUGUAUGUAAGUUGCUUUCUAUUCCAGUAUAUCCAGAGUGGUGAAAUAACAAGGCCAGCCACGUAGCCAAAGGUCGCUCCAAGCGUACAGGAGAUGGGCCAUACCUGAGGAGAGAAUGUAUGAGAUCAAAAAAGAACAAAUGUUUUUAUUAUUACUUGAGCACAAGUGUAACCUAAAUAUUUCUAUAUUAAAGCUUAAUGUGCUUUCUUAAAGAAUGCCAAAAGUGUAAUAAGGUCAUAAUUGCAUUUAUCAUGAACACUAAAAAUGUACACAUUUUAGUUAAUGUGCAUUAAACUGUAACAAGGCUCUGGCAAUUGUAGAUUUAGUUUGACGCUCCCCAAAGUGCAUGAGACACAUGCUAAAAUUACAAAUUAAAAUUUUGGGUCAGACUUUGCCAUAAUGCUGGACUCAAUUUAGCUCUCUGAACUAGUUGGUAAUUUUUUUUUUGUAAUUCCCACUUUGGCUGUGUACAUCAAAUGAAAUGAGAAUUGUGUAUGUUGACCAAACCACAAGAAACUUUAAGUUGUGUUAAAGAGGGAAGACCUAGAAUCCAAGCAUGUUACGUGAAAAUUGUAACAGAACAGCUGCUUCCACCUUUCAGAUAUAGAUGUUGGAACCACAGCAGAAGUUAUAGAAUGACAACUACAUCUAGAAUGUAAGUUAAACAAAAUACUGGCUUCCAGAGACCCAUUUUCUCCAGCCAUAUUACAUUAGGCUAGAAGUAAUUUUGAAUUAUUUAAUCUACAAGCAGUGCAUGUGUUGGUCCCUAAGUGAAAGGCUCUGCUUAAAAAAAAAAAAAAGUUGGAGAAAAAUUUUCAUGUUCUUCUGUGAAGCUUAUUUGGUACACUGGAGCCAUUUCUAAUCUUUCUCUGGGGGGAACAGGCCACAGAACUGUGUUAGAGGUGAACCAUCUUAAUUACUAGUUCUAUUACCUAAUUCAGCUUCCUUGUUUGGUCUGCUGUGGAUCUGCCUUAUUGCAUAUGCCAUGCAUCAGAUAAUGGUGUUAGACAAAGCUUCAUUGUGAACAACCUAAUGCAUUUUAGAGAAACAAUCUCAUCUACACAUUUUUUUUCUAGCCUUUCCUACAUUUAAACUUGCUGUUGCCUAAAUUAUAAUUUUUUAAAUGUCUUUGGUGGGCUUCUGUUAAUUCACAUGACUUAAGCUUAUAGCUAUGUCUACUGCACAGAUUGGGUAAUGGAACACUAAACUUUUAUACUUGAAAAUGACAGCCUUAAAUGCUCAUAUCAGUCACAAAUCUAGGAUGUACUGUCUUGUUGUAUGUGAGCUUUGUAGAGAUUUUUAAAAAUAUAAGCAUCACCUUUCCAUUGAAGAGUGGAGAGAGUCUACUGGAUGACUGGCCAGGAACUUUCUCUCUGCAUCAGACAUUUGGAUGUCUUCUUUCUUCCAAGAAAUGGUGGUUCACAUUAAGUAUCAUGGCCUUAUGUAUGCUCAAAUGGAAUCUUAUGUAACUUUCUUAUUUAAUUUUGGUCUGCUAUUUUUAGAUAAAAUUGAAAGGAAUUGUAUAAAUCAAUUAACAUAUUAGCUAAGUUGUCCAACACAUGGUAUAAAGGAAUUACAACAGUAAACUAUUAUACAUUUCGAACUUGC